AUGAAAGAGCCGUCGUUAUCCACCGCCUCACCUCCACCGGAGUUAGAAGACGGAUGCUUAAGUCACGACGGCGACUGUCACGACAUCCACGACGACGGCGCGUCGCUCGAUACCUUUUUACUAGACGAUGAAGGCUUCCCGUCACAAGUCCCAGGGGAAGACGCUUCGCCAAACGAAUCUGAGAAAAGCAGUUUCGCCGCCGAUUUCUAUCGCUCCGGAUCCGAUUGUUCGUCGUUGUUGUCGCCAGACGUUUACAGAUCCAGGGACCUCACGCUCACGCCCGAUUCGUUAUCUUCUGGCAAGAAACUGAAGCAGGCCAAUCUGUUCCAGAUUUGGGGAUUCAAAAGAAGUGUUGCUGUUGGUUCUGUUGAAUUUGAAUCCAAACAAGGUGGUUAUUGUGAUGAUAUAGGCGAGGGUAGUGUUUCAUCUGAGAAGAAGAAGAUUGUUACACCUGGAAGUUGGGGUUCGAUUUUGAGUGGCAAAGGGAUAGUGUUUGAGAAAUCAAAUUCUUCUAGUAAGAGAAAGAGUCUUCAUGGAGAGAAUAGGGUUACACGUUCCUGUCCCUUUUAUAAAAAAAUGCCAGGAACAAACUUCACAGUUGACGCUUUUCGUUAUGGAUGUGUUGAGGAGUGCUCAGCGUACUUUCUUAGUCAUUUCCACGCUGAUCACUAUGGUGGUCUUAGCAAGAAAUGGUCACAUGGUCCUAUUUAUUGCUCUCCUCUUACUGGACGGCUAGUUAAAAUGUGUCUCUAUGUAAAUCCUUCGUACAUACGCUCUUUGGAAUUUGACACAGAAUAUGUGAUUGAUGGUAUCAAAGUGACUUUGAUAGAUGCUAACCAUUGCCCUGGUGCAGCUUUGAUUCACUUCGAGCUCCCAAAUGGACAAUGUUAUUUGCAUACUGGGGACUUCAGAGCUUGUAAACUAAUGCAAGACUACCAUCUUUUUGUAAAUAAACAUGUGAAUGUGCUAUAUCUGGAUACUACAUAUUGCAACCCAAAAUACAAGUUUCCUUUCAAGGAAGAUGUACUAAACUAUGUUGUCAAAAUUGCAAAGAACCACCUCAAAAUGCAUCCUAGAACUUUAGUGGUUGUUGGGGCAUACAGUAUUGGCAAAGAAUGUGUAUAUCUUGCAAUUUCUAAGGCACUUGGGGUAAAAAUAUAUGCAAAUGCUUCAAGAAGAAGGAUUUUGCUAGCUUAUGAUUGCCCUGACUAUUCAGAUAGGCUCUGUACAAAUGGAAAUAACACCCUUCUCCAUGUUAUGUCCAUGUCAUCUCUGAGAAUUGAGACUUUGAAGGAAUAUUUGAAAACCUACAAGGAACAAUUCACAUCAGUAUUAGCAUUUCGUCCAACAGGUUGGACUUUUAGUGAGAAGAUAGGCAAUGAUUUGGAACUAAUUAAACCUAUUUCCAAAGGAAAUAUAACGAUAUAUGGGGUUCCCUACAGUGAGCAUUCCAGCUUCACAGAACUACGAGAUUUUGUUCAGUUUUUGAAGCCUGACAAGAUAAUUCCUACUGUGAAUGUUGGCAAUGCUGCUAAUCGAGAAAAGAUGCAAUCUUACUUUCGAGACUGGUUGAAGGGAUAA